GGCACUCACGGAUACCUGCGGGAGAGGCCACACGGGAGCAGAGGGGACACGAGCGGCUUCUCAGCACCGUUGCCUGUCCUGUGAAGCGACAUGAGUCUCAAGGGAUCCCUCAGCAGCAACCCUGGCUCUUCAAAUGGCAGCAUGGGCAGAGCAGACGGAGCCUCCAAGCUGAGUGCAAAGGAUCUGUAUGAACAAAGAAAAAAAUACUCCAACUCCAACAUCAUCAUGCACGAGACAUCACAGUACCACGUACAGCACUUGGCCACUUUCAUCAUGGACAAGAGCGAGUCCAUUGUGACAGUGGAUGAUGCCAUCCGGAAACUCAUCCUGCUCAACUCCAAAGAGAAGAUCUGGACACAGGAGAUGCUGCUGCAAGUGAAUGACAAGUCCAUCCGCCUCCUGGACUGCGAGUCACAGGAGGAGCUGGAGGACUUUCCACUGCCCACAGUCCAGCACUGCCAGACGGUGCUGAACCAGAUGCGUUAUUCCUCCAUCCUCCUCCUGGUGUGCCAGGAUUCCGAGCAGCACAAACCUGACAUUCACUUCUUCAACUGCGACGAGGUGGAGGCGGAGAUGGUCCAUGAGGACAUUGAAAGUGCCCUGGCAGACCACAAGCAUGGGAAGAAGAUACGGCCACAGACACUCAAAGCAAACCAGGAGAAGAUCAGGCAGAGGCAAUCCAUCCUCCCACCACCACAGGGGCCAGCUCCUAUCCCGAUCCAGCACGAUGCAAGAGGCUCAGCGAUGAACAGGAACCGGGUGGCACCCCCUUCCCAGCACGAUCCAGACUAUGAGCGACGAGGCUCCGGCUGCCACGACCACGAGGAGUCCCGAGCCAUCCUAGCACAGAAGAUUGAGAAGGAAACGCAAAUCCUGAACUGCACUCUGGAUGACAUUGAGGUGUUUGUCGCCAGGCUUCAGAAGGCUGCAGAGGCAUUCAGGCAGCUCAACCAGAGGAAGAAAGGGAAGAAGAACAAGAAGAAAGGGCCAGCAGAGGGUGUGCUGACUCUCCGAGCAAGACCCCCAAGUGAGGCCGAGUUCAUCGACUGCUUCCAGAAAACCAAGCUGGCUUUUAACCUCUUGGCCAAGCUGAGGAAGCACAUCCAGAACCCCAGCGCCUCGGAGCUGGUGCACUUCCUAUUUGGGCCACUGGAACUGAUCAUCAAUAGCUGCGGGGGCCCCGACCUCGCCAGGUCUGUCGUCAGCCCCCUUCUUUCCAAAGACGCCACAGAUUUCCUGCGAGGACACCUCACACCAAAGGAGAUAAACCUCUGGGACUCCCUGGGGGAGACAUGGACCAGAUCCAGAGCCGAAUGGCCGCGGGAAGCAAACAUUCCCACCUACAUCCCCAAAUUCCGCAAUGGCUGGGAACCACCCGUGGAAAUCUUCCGUGGCGCUCCCUGGGAAAUAGACAUCGGACACUUGCAAGAGGAGCUCUCAUCAGCCAAUGGAUAUCCUUACCGGAACUCCUCUCUCAUGCGUGGCCAGAGCACUGAGCAGAGCCAGGCUGUGGAUGCCUUCAAGCAGAAUGUAACUCAGCAUGUAAAUAGGAAUUUUGAGGCCCAGGGAAUGGCUCCACCAAAGAGAUAUGCCAAAAUCCGCUACGAUUUCACCGCGCGAAAUGCCAACGAACUCUCAGUGCUGAAGGAUGAAAUCCUGGAGGUGUUGGAGGACAAUAAGCAGUGGUGGAAGCUGCUCAACCGGAGCGGGCAGGCUGGAUACGUCCCUUACAACAUCCUGGAUGUGGUGAAACUGGAUGAGCUUGAACAGUCCAACCAGAGGUACAAAGGAGACCUGAGCCCCAGAGGAUAUGGACCAUCCAGCCCAACUCACAAGCUGCCUGCCAGCUAUGCUGGGGAUAAAUGGGGAAGUGAAAUGUUAUCCCGUAACUCUCCCCAGGAUGCCAAAGAACAACUGAUUCAUCAAAUGGAUGAGCUGAACGAUGAACUGCUAAAGAAGAUCACAAACAACAAAAUUCAGCCUCCUCAUCGGAAUUUCAAAGUGGAAAAGCCGCAGCAGGUUUUUGUGCCCCUCACCUUCGAGUCCAGCACUGAAGAAGUCAAAGCUUGGCUGGAGGCAAAGUCAUUCAGCAAAGAGACAGUGGAACACCUUGGGAUCCUCACUGGAGCCCAGCUCUUCUCCCUCAACAGGGAGGAGCUGAAGAAGGUGUGUGGUGAUGAGGGCAACAGAGUCUACAGUAAAAUCACCGUGGAGAAAAACCAGCUGGAGAAGAGCAGAGGGGAAUCCGAGCUGCAGGAGAUCAUGAAGCGCCGCCAGGAAAGGAUUGAUUCUGCUAAUUAAACUCUCUCUGCUUUAGUUGAGCUCUUAGUCCUAGUAGUGCAGGAAAAGGGAACGGCAGCAACGCCCCCUGCUCCAGGUGAGGGACAGCAGCGCUGCACUUGGUGUGCGCCUGCCAUCAAAGUGACACUUUCAUGAACACUGGUGAGAAGGGUAGACAGUAAGACCAUGUUCCAUUGGGAAAGGUGUUUUAAUAUUGCAUGGAGUAUUUUUUUUUAUAUAACUAUAUAUUUUAUACUGAAAUUUUAUGUGCAUGCAACAGAGCAGAAGAGAAUUCA